GUACAAUUUCCACCUAACGGCAUAAAAAAAUAAUCAUCAUUGUCUUUGAUCAUCACCUCUGUCUCUCCUUCCACGCCUUCAUCAUAACUAAUAAAUUUAUGUAUAAAUGUAAUUUUCCUUAAUGCUUCAUCAUAUGCUAAUGGAAACACUUGCUUUACUCAACCUCUCUAAUUAAAACCCAUCUUUUGCAUGCCUGUUCUUUAUUAAAGCAAGCAAAGCUAAGAGCUUUUUCCUACUCAGCCCUUGAAUGAGCUUGGAGGGCUUCUUUGGAAUUUAAAUUCACAUUUUUCGGUUUCUCUCCUUCAUGGGCCUGCAAUUUCUUGUCUGGUUUGAGAUUUUAUUUCUCUUUGGUUGCUGCAAAUUCGCUUUCUGUGACCAAAAUGGUUUCUUGAGUUUAUCCUGUGGAGGAACUGAGAAUUUUGUCGAUUCUUCCAACAUUACUUGGACACCAGAUAGUACUUAUGUGACUACUGGCACAACAAGCACUGCUAAUUUCCCCGAGGGUAACUCUUCAUCACUUAUCCCAAUUCGGUUUUUCCCUGAGUCGAAAGGUAGAAAGUGCUACUGGCUUCCAAUAAAGAAUGCGUCAUCACUUGUUCUUGUUCGGGCCAAAUUUGUGUACAAGAACUACGAUGGACUUGCAAAGCCCCCUACGUUUUCUGUUUCUCUGGGAACGGCUAUGGCUACUACUAUAAACCUUGCCAAUGCUGAUCCAUGGACUGAAGAAUUUUUAUGGCCUGUAAACAAAGAUUUUCUUUCUUUGUGUCUGAAUUCAAUCCCAGAUGGUGGAUUUCCUGUUAUUUCAUCAGUUGAGGUCCGGCCACUUCCUGAAGGAGCUUACGCCAGUAGUUUGCAGGAUUCGCCUAAUAAGUCACUUAGGAAGUGCUAUCGCAUUAACUGUGGUUACACAAAUGGAUCUCUGCGGUACCCUUUGGAUCAGUAUGAUCGUAUAUGGGAAGCAGAUCAGGACUAUACUCCCUUCCACUUAUCAACUAGCUUUGAUAUUCAAACCGCCUUCAACUUGUCAAGCGACGAUCUGAGUCUUCCAUUAUCCGUUCUUCAGACAGCAAGAGUCUUGACACGAAGAGAGGACUUGACGUAUAAUCUUCCUCUUAGUAGCAUACUAGGAGACUAUAGUAUAGUUCUCUAUUUUGCAGGCAUUCUUCCCGUGUCCCCUACAUUUGAUGUGCUAAUCGACGGAAGCCUUUUUCAGUCAAACUAUACAGUGAGGAGUGGUGAAGUCAGUAGCUUAUCUUUUACCCUUUUUGGAACAAAUAACAUGAACAUCACGUUGAAAAGCACGAGUUUCUACCCUCUGCUGAGUGCAAUUGAGGUGUUUGAGAUAGUAUACAUUCCUGCACCGUCUUCUACAACAACAGUUUCAGCACUGCAGGUUAUUCAAAAGUCGACUGGUAUGAAUCUGGGAUGGGAAGAUGAUCCCUGCUAUCCAAUGCCAUGGGAUCACAUUGGCUGCACCGGCAGUCUGGUUACUUCACUGGAUCUCUCUAAUAUCAUCUUGAGAUCAAUUGGCCCAAGAUUUGGCGAUCUACUGGAUCUUCAGAUCCUAGAUUUGCAUAAUACAUCACUUGGUGGAGCUAUCCAAAACCUCGGUAGCCUGCAACAACUUGAAAAACUGAAUUUAAGUUUCAAUCAGCUGAAAUCCUUCGGUUCAGAGCUAGAAGACUUGGUAAAUCUUCAAGUACUGGACUUGCGAAACAAUAGUUUAGACAGUACAGUUCCUGACAGCCUGGGACAGUUAAAGAACCUUCACUUGCUAAAUUUGGAGAAUAACAAACUGAAGGGCACUCUUCCUCAAUCUCUGAACAGCCGCGCUUUGGAUAUUAGAACAUCGGGAAAUCUCUGCGUCUCCUUUUCCAUGUCCACCUGCAAUGAUGCUGAUGUGUCGAGGAAUUCUUCAAUAGAAGCGCCUCAAGUUACACUCUUUACUACGCCAAAGAAGCGUAGUGGCCACAUCCAUAUUGUAGUAGUACUUGCAGCAGUCGGAGGAGUUAUAUUCGCGCUUGUCAUUGUUUCUAUUGCAGUGUUAAUGUAUGUGAAGAGAAAGGACAAAGGAGUCGCAUAUAAAGAAAGCAUGGAUAUGCGGGACUGCAUUGCAGCAAAAUCAUAUUCCUACAGAGAAAUUAAAGCAGCUACGAAGAAUUUUAAGGACGUUAUAGGCAGAGGAGGUUUCGGAUCUGUUUUUGUUGGGAAAUUUCCCAGCGGGAAGCAAGUAGCUGUGAAAGUACGAUAUGAUAACAGUCAACUUGGUGAUGAUGCAUUUAUCAAUGAGGUGUGCCUUCUAUCGCGAAUUAGCCAUCAGAAUCUUGUAUCACUGGAAGGAUUCUGUCAUGAAUCAAAGCAACAAAUACUUGUCUAUGAGUACUUACCUGGCGGAUCACUGGCUGAUAAUCUUUAUGGAGCUAAGAGUAAAAGAGUGACAUUAGGCUGGGGCAUGAGAUUGAAGAUUGCUGUUGAUGCCGCAAAAGCAUUGGACUACUUGCACAAUGGUAGUGAGCCACGGAUCAUACACCGUGAUGUGAAGUCAAGUAAUAUACUAUUGGACAAGGAGAUGAACGCUAAAGUCUGCGACUUUGGCCUAUCAAAACAAGUAACUCAAGCAGAUGCAUCUCAUGUCACCACUGUUGUCAAGGGCACUGCUGGAUAUCUUGAUCCCGAAUACUAUGCUACACAACAAUUAACCGAGAAGAGUGACAUCUUCAGUUUCGGGGUAGUUCUUCUGGAGCUUAUCUGUGGCCGCGAGCCUUUGAGUCGUGCUGGAGCUCCUGAUUCUUUCAAUUUAGUUUUAUGGGCUAAGCCGUACCUGCAAGCGGGUGCAUUUGAGAUUGUGGAUGAGCAACUGAAGGGGACUUUUGCAGACGAGAGCAUGCACAAGGCGGCGGCCAUUGCUGCAAGGUCCGUCGAGAGGGAUGCAGCACAGAGGCCGAAUAUUGCAGAGGUAUUAGCAGAGCUAAAGGAAGCCUACAGCAUCCAGCUUUCUUAUCUUGCUACUGCUGGAACUGGAAGCUGAUUAUGUGCAAAAGAGUAUAGUAUGUUCAUUAGUUUUGUUCAAAUCAAGCAUUAAGGUUUUAGUUGGUUUCUUUUGUUGCAAAGAGUAUCUGGUAUGGAGACCAAUCUUAAAGUCGAAUCUAUAUUUAUAUGGUAAUGUAUACCAAAAAUUCAUAAACUGGGGACUAUGUAUUUUUCUUUUUAUAAAACUUUUAGGCUUAUAUGCCGUGUUCUGGUCCCCGCAAUCACGUGCUUGGCACGUUUUAAGUGACAUAUAUAUUGUUUUUGACUUUUGGAUUAAUAUCUGACGGUCAAUAUUAUAAUAUUUUUUUAAUA